UUGUCCAGUAUAUUGUUUACGCGGACCCUUUUCUUCUGCAUAUUUAAAAAAAUAUAAAUGUACGUCCGCUGGUAAAAACUAUUUUCACACAAUAGCCCAAUCAGCUGUUUUCGCCGUCAAUAAGCAGUUGUGCAAGGUUGCCAAUACUUUUGCUUUUUCCAGUGUAAAUAAAGUAGCAGUGAAUGACAGCAGAAUAAAUCUCCACAAGCAUUUUAAGUGGUAGAGUGUCUUUUAUCUGAUAAACAAUAUCAAAUAAAUUUUUCCAAACUACUUUUCGAAAUCGUACCGUUGAUAUGGAAGCCAUUCCCGAUCAGAAGCACUAUAACCUAUCACACUACCAACAACGGUUCAACUGGGAUUGUGGUAUUUCGUGCAUUAUUAUGAUUCUAUCGACCUCACAACGUGAGACGUUGUUGCACGACUUUGACAAAAUAUGUGCAGAGGAAGGGUUUGGUUCCAGCACUUGGACAAUAGAUUUGUGUUACCUACUGCAGCGCUUCCAAGUACGUCACGAAUACUACACAAAAACGCUCGGUAUCGACCCAAGCUACAGUGAACACAGUUACUAUACGAAAAUCAUUGAUAAGGAUGAAAAACGUGUGACACGGAAAUUUAAAGAGGCGCACGUACAUGGUUUGCACGUCGAGCACCGUACAAUAGAAAUGGAAGAAUUGCUACAACAUCUUGGGCGACGAGGGCCUGUGAUAUUAUUGACCAACGCGUCGUUGCUUACGUGUGAAGUUUGUAAAAGGAACGUGUUGGAGAAAUUCGGUUGUUUCCAACUCUCUUGUAUCGUUAACAAUACACGCACACCCCAAAGUUAUGCAGGACAUUAUGUUGUGCUCUGUGGAUACGAUUUAAAAUCUCAAUUGAUUUAUUAUCACAAUCCGGAAGUGCAUGAUGAACAUGUAUGUCGAUGUACAACAGCCGCAAUGGAUGUAGCACGGAAAGCGUAUGGCACUGAUGAGGAUGUGAUACUGAUCUUCCGAAAUUAAAAAAAGCACACAAGAAAAUCUCUGAAAAAUCCAUAAGUUAAUUAUAACCAAUGAAUGCUAUUAGAUGUGUUUAGGAGGCACCCCGAAAUAUUGAGGACGUUUUAAAAGAUUUAAGCUAGAAAUAGGGGAACAAAUUUUAGUGGAUCUUUUAAUUCGGUUUCUUUUCUAAUUACAUUAAAAUAUUUUUUAUUACGCAUUUAUGUCAGUUAGCUUCAGUGACUUUUGUUGCUACUACAAAAGUAAAGAAAGCAUAUGUGCCUCCUUGAGCUUUUUCUUGGUUUUAGGUCAGCUCGUGUUUAGUUAACUUAAGAAAAAAAUGGAAAUACCAAAGCAAUUCAUGAAACCUCGAACUCAAGUAUUAGGGAGUAUAUUCCCGGAUGUAAAUAUACAAACAUAAUGUACUGCAAUUUUUAAGGGAAAGUAAAGAAAAUAUUGUGAUAAAAAUAAAAAAAAAUACCAGUCUAACGGUUAGACGCGAUAGAAGUGAAACCUUCCGUAAAACAAACUGAGAGAAUGAGACGAAAGCGGCAUUAGGAGCGGGAUAAUUAUAGGUUCAUUAUAAUAUUGCUAUAAAGUUCAUAUUUUAUUUUCUUCAUUUUAUUGUUAUUCAUCCUCAAUGUUUUCAAUUUCAACAAAUGAUACGAGUGGCUUAUGAUAGCUAAAAUAUGAUACAAAUGCUUUGGUUUCGAUGUUGUCAACAUAUCUUUGAAAUACCGCGUCAAUUGUUGUUUUUGAUCGUGUUGUCGAUUCAGUUCGAUUGUUACACAUUUUUAAAUUGUAUGUUGUAUUGAGAAAAUCAAUUAAAGGAACCGCUGUGCUCAAUGCUAAAUUUACGUUAAAAUCGCCACUUAAAAUCAUUGGAACUUUAUCGUAUUCUUUUCUAAGUAUCCGCGAUACUUCUGGUGUAUACUUUAUUAAAUUUUCGUGAAUGAAUUCCGUGAUGCUAUU